UAUAAUUAUGGUGGAUAAAUACCCAGCGGCAAAGUCUCCCCGACCUGCAGGAGCAGGACAGACCCGCUGUGAGUCCAGCACCGAUACAGAAUUCCGGCUCUCCGAUCCCUCCAGUUCUGUCAGGAAGCUCACUCUGGCCGAUUUCGCUCCCCGUGGCCUCUCCCCUCCAUGGCUCCCCUGGCUCACACCCUGGCCCUGCUGGCAAUGACCGUGGCCACUGUGGCCAUCGAGGUGGUGCCCCUGGACAUGGCCCAGAACUCCUUCGAUGACCAGUACCAGGGCUGUGGCCCUGCCAUGGCCGCGGCAUUGCCGGCCCUCAACCGCUCUGAGUUCCAGCAGAACCCUCUGUUCGCCGAGGUCUGGGCGAAGGCCACGGCCAAGUGGCAGGAGAAGGGGUCCUGUGUGUCCCCUCUGUCAUCCCCAGCCCAGGCCAUCGCCCUCAUGGCCUACACGAUGGAUGACCUGCACAAGCAGUUCAACGCGGCCGUGCGCAAAGCCGGGAGCUCCCCUCGGGAAUACCGGGACAACUUCCACUUCAAAGCGCUGCAUUUCCUGCUGACCGAUGCCCUGGCGACACUGAGGGGACAGAAGUGUUAUGAUGUGUUCCGGGGGGUGAGCAAUAAGCAGUUCAAGGCACAGCGUGGCCAGAAGGUCCGGUUUGGUCAAUUUGCGUCAACGUCGCUUUCCAAAGCCAUUGCCCAGCGCUUCGGCACGGACACGGUGUUCCAGGUGCACACGUGCCACGGUGGGUACAUCCAGCGAUUCUCCUGCUUUUCUUUUGAGAAAGAGGUGCUGAUCCCGCCCUUCGAGACCUUCGAGGUCACCGAUGUCACCCAGGACAAGAAGGGGGAACGGAUCCAGCUCCGCUCCAUCGGGACCCUCAGCAACUACAACUGCGAGUGGCUGCAAGAUGGGAGUGGCCCCAGGGACCCCCCUCUCCUCAGAGGGCUUCUCCUGGCCACCACAGCCCUGGCAGUGGCCAGCGGGAUCCUCUGAGCCACAAGCCCAUCAAGGUCACCACAGUCACUGUGGCCACCAUGGCCACCAAGGCCACCAGGACCCCCAGAGCAACGAGGCCACUGCUGUGCCAAUUCCCGGGGGCGAUUUAAAGGCCACAGACAGCAGUGGAAGGAAUGUUGUUAUUUUACCAUGGCAACACAAGAAUAAAACGAUUGAUCCAAUAAAACUCUGCGCUCGGCUUUAGCCACAAGCAAGAGUAAACAAG